GGGAUGUUAGUGGAAGUGUCCAGAAGGAGCGCCGCGGUCGUCGUCGUCACCUUCGUCGGGAACCCUCGCGAACGCUCUCCACUCUCCCGAUCGGCAUUCCGCCCGCUCCGCAUAAAUGGCGGCCUUCCUCCUUCCCUUGGUCCCCCUCCCCACGAUACAGAAGAAGGCAAGCAACGCGCUCGCUCGCGACCGACCGACGACGACGAACUGGGAAAGGCGGACCGCAUCGCGCGCCGGUAGCUGACUUCACUCGGCCCCGUGGAGAUCCGAAGGUUUUGGUGGGCUGUUCGUCUGGUGUAUCUGCCACAUCGGGGGCUCUUCCGCUCUGCUGGUUCUUCUGUCUCCCCCGCCGCUGUAUCAGCCGUAGAUCCUGUUCAACAGGUCUAGGCAUCUAUCAUACUAGUAUAUAAACUAGUUAAUAAUGUAUCCAGCAAACCAGUACAUGGAUCCAUACUGUUCACAUUACAGAAAUCAUGUUCCUUACCCAUAUUAUCCUCCUCCUGGGUGUUGGGAAGUUGGUCAUCCACGUAUGGCAAUGGACUUGUCCAGUCGACUACCGAGCUAUGGACCUUGGCCAUACAAUUCUACCAUGAACCAUCUGCACCCUCCAGAGUUCCAUAGCUGCUGCAACCACACAUAUCCUCCUGGUUACAGUUUUAGGCCACCAUCCCCUCAAGAAAUUCCCCCACCUCAUCUGUAUUAUCAUGGUCCUUUUCCACAUCACCCAAAUACCUGCCCUUCUUACUUUGCGCCACCACCUCCGUAUCCUGUCGAUCAGACAACAUAUGGCUAUGACAGGUUCAAGAGCCAUUGCUGUGGAUGCCCAAACCAUAGUUGACAUGGAGGCGAGAGGAGCAAUGUGAAAAUUGAGGAGGAGAGGCCUGACAGUGAGCAGAAGGACACCGGCAGUUUUGGUAUAGGUCGACAUCCGAAUUACGAAAACCAGGCUAUGUGGCUUCCUUCCAGCAGAACGGAAGAUAUGGAGAACAAAAAAACCAUGGAAUUUCCACCUCAGUUCUUUAAUGGAUGGAUUCCUGUUAGUGGUAAAAGGACAGGGGAUGUGAAGCAACAGGAUAAGGACGAUCAGAAAUCAAAGCAAUUUCAGUGGCCAAUAAUUUGGAUGCCAGCAGGAUAUGAUGAGAAAAGACAAGCUAAAGAGCUGAAGGAGAUGGAUGAAAGCCCAAAGAUUUCUGAAGAAUCCCCUCCAUCACCCAAGAUCAAAAUUAUUCCCUUGUCAUGGUUUGAAGAUGGUCAUAGUGAUCAGAAGCCAUCUGUCAAGGAUGAAUCGCAUCAUAAUGAAAGAUCAACAUUGAAAAAACAGUCUACAAGCACUGAGCAUCAAGAUGGUAGGGCAAUAGAGAAUAUUCAACUUAUGCCUAAGAAAGUAAGCGAAGAGAAGAAGCCCAUUAGGGAAAACUACAAGACAAUUCCAGUCAUGCCUAGGCAUGAGGAUGAAGAAAACAAAACAGCUGGUGGCAAUUACAGGACUAUUCCUGUUAUGUCUGUGAAAGAAACCGAUGAUAGGGAGGCUGAUGUAAGUGUGCAAAAAGGUGGAAAGAAGAUCAACAGUACUGAGAAGGAAGAAGAAAAUGGGAAAAGAAGCAAUGAAGGAACAUCAAAAGCAAAGCAUUCAAAAUUGCCUCCUGUAUGCCUGCGGGUGGAGCCUUUGCCCAGGAAGAAAUCUGGAAAGGGUUCUUCAAGGUCUCCCAGUCCACCAACUAGGAAGGAUGGAGACAGAGCCAAGAAGGAACUCAAAGAGGCUCAUAUCCAAAAAGAGGAGACUAAACAGUCGGAUCCAAAGAAAGAGGUAGCCAUAUCUGAAGUUCAAGAAAAAGCACCUGCUGAAAUGAAUAAAGAGAGGGCAUAUAGUAAUGAAACCAAGCAAGCUGCCUCUGUGAAACACAUGCAGGAGGAACAAGCUUCCACGAGUCUGGAUGAUCAGAAGGUGCAAGCUACUAGAGUCGAUUUCAAUGCUCAAGAAAAUGCUGGUCAGAAGAAUUUGCAGGAAUCUGAGAAAAACACAGAGCACAAGAUAAAAAUUCAAGGUGAACCUGCAAAAGACAAUUCUAAUACGUCCAGAAUUAGCUUUUCAGAACCAGAUGCAGCAGUUUGUAUUCAGUCUGCAUACCGGGGGUAUAAUGUGCGAAGAUGGCAACCUUUGGAGAAACUCCGGAUGAUCAAGAAUGUAAAUGAACUGAUGAUAGAUCUGAAGAAGCAGUUGCAAGACCUUGAAGCUUCUUCCAAGCAGUUGAGUGUUAAAGAGCAAGUGACCAUCAAUGAGACUAUCAUGAAUUUACUCCUGAAGCUUGACACCAUUCAGGGCUUGCAUCCAAGUGUAAGGGAGGCUAGAAAGACUGUUGCUCGAGAACUAAUUAGUCUGCAGGAGAAGCUUGAUUCUUUGUGCAAGCAACCAUCUAGUGAAUCUAAUCAAACGGAUGGUGAGCAAGAGAAACCAGAGGUAAUGGAGAAUACUUUCCAAAAUACAUCUCCUGUCUCAGCAAUAGAAGCAUCUGAACAACAGGAAAAGGCUUCAGGAGUGGAUGAAGAACAAGGUCCGUUCGUGAUUGACUCUAAGGAGUUGAUAAGUGAUGCAGUUCCAUCAGUAGCUUCCACGGGUACAACACAAGAUGCCCAUUCUAAUGAUCAUAUAGAAGAUUCAAAUACUACCAAGGAAGAAAUACCUAAUGAAGGAAAAGCUGCAACACAGUGUGACUGUCAAGGAGACCCCUCAAUGGAUAUGAUAGGUGAUGUAGCUUUGUUGGGACAUUCCACUGACCAGAAGCACCAAAUAGGAGAAUCAAAUUCCAUUUCAAGUGACAAAUCGUAUGAAAGAGAAAAGGAUGAAGCCUGGGUUGGAGGACAGGAAAUACCAUCAGGGGACCACAUGGAACCAUUACAUGAUGAAGCUUUAUCAGAGAGCUCCAAUGAGCUGGAACAGUGCACAACUAGAUCAAAUACAGUGAUUUCUCCUAUGGCCACUGACAACAGUACAAUUCAUGUGGUUGCAACAUCUGUUGAAAGUGGUAUGGCAGCUGACAAAGGCAGUCCAGUUGAAGGUCAGGUGCCUGAAGCUGCAGCUGUAGAAAGCUCAGAGUCAGAACAUUAUGUUGCUCCUGCGGAAGAAGGUCAGUGCGAAGAACCAAAUGCUCAAGGUGUUGAUUUGGAGGAUUCAUCAGUAUCUUUGAUGAAUGAAGGGCUGCAGGAUCAUGAUCCAGCUCCUUCAGGCUGCACUGGUAAACCCAAUUCAGCCGAGCAGCCAGAAACAGCUAGCGAUGUGAAUAUGGAGCAACAAGUUGAAAAUGUGGGUAUCACACAAGAUGCAACAGAAGAAUCUGAUGCUACACCAGUGGUUGGAAUGGGCCAUGUUAUCUCUGCAGACACAGAAAAUUAUGUGCAGUCUACCUUGCUGCAAACAAUAUCAGAAUUGCAACCAACAACAGAACAAGAUGCCUUGGAGGAAGCAGUAGCAGCAAACAAAGGCAUGGUUUCUGGUGAUGAAGAUGAUUCAGUACUUUUUGGUAAACAAAAUGGAUCCGCUGCUAAUCUGCCAGGUGAUUCUGCAAAUGCUGAAGAACCCCCUAUUGAGGCACUGGGAAUGGAAGUUGACAUUCAUGAGAGCACUCUUAGAGAAAUGAAGGAUGAUCCUAUUUUCCCAGAGAUGAACGGCUGUGAAUUACCAUGUGAACAAGGUGGUAUCACAGGUCACGAGGAUUCUGAAAUCUGUGUGUCACCGGAGCACCAAGCCAAUGUGCAUAAAGAGUUCUGCAGUGAUGAUGGCCGUUGUGCGGAUGUGCAGGUGCCAAAGGAAGGUGAAUGCAAUAUAGUGGGAGCUGAUAAUCUGAAAGAAGAUGUUAGCGUGCAGACUGAGAACAUGGCAUCUGAAGAAGCUUCUCUGGCUUCUGGAACUCCAGAUGAUUUGAAAGUUGACAACAAGGUCCAUGAAGAAACUUCAGAUUGUGUGACUCGUAAUGUUUCAAAAAGUGACAAUGAGAAUAAACUUGCUGAAGAAAACCAGAGGCUGAAAGAGAUGCUGCAAAAGCUUCUUCCGUCUGGCAGCGAUCAGAUGGCAGUUAUCACAGAACUGAGCGAGAAGGUUAAGACACUUGAGCGUAAGCUGGCGCGCAAGAAGAAGCCAAAGGUGAGGGUACACAGACCAGCCAGGCAAGCAGCGGCCAAAGUGCACUGAAGAUAAAAUCUCUGAAAUCCACUGGAUGAUCUCUCUGAAGCUUGAGAUCGUGUAUUGGGAUACCAUGUAGAUGUCGUAUCCAAGUUUUUACGAAGUUCGAUGUACAACUACCACGUGUGUACACAACUGUGCGUGACAGCAACAGUGUUGGUUCUAUGUGUUGGAGAAUGUAAGAUCAUGCCUGUGUUGGGUCCUUGUAAUCCUAAUGUAUCCUAAGUUUAAAACAGAGUAUCAUCAAAAGGGAGCUGCAUGUUUUCCU